AUGCCCCACAGCAAAGCCUACCUGCGCUGGAGCCAUGGCGACCACGGUCCAGAGAUCGCCUGGUGCUAUGUGGGGUCGCACAACCUGUCCAAAGCAGCGUGGGGCUGCCUUGAGCUCGACGCCAGCCAGCUCCACAUCUGCAGCUAUGAGCUGGGAGUUCUGCUGCUGCCGCGCCUGGAAGCGGCAUACCGCACCUCCCGCUGGUGUGGCUUCAGCUGCACUGGCGGGCAGCCUGGAGCUGCAGCUCCCCGCCUGGCACAGGCAGCGGCAGCAGCGGGAGCAGCAGGCACUGCAGCAGUGCCCAGUGUGCGCUUCCUCCAGUGGCGGCAGGGUGACAGUCAGGCGGCAGAGAUGGUGCAGGGUCAGCUGGGCGUGCCGCUGCCCGUUCCCUUCCAUCUCCCGCCCGUGCCCUACCAGCUGGGGGGCCCGGUUCGAGAUCGGGUUUGGGCUGUGGACACACCUUGGGAGGGCCUGGAUAGCUGGGAAUGCUCUGUGCAGCAGCCCCACGGGCGAGGAGCGCACUACGGCCUGCUGGAGCAGGACGAUUGGAGCGAUGCAGCAUACCUGGAUGAGUUGUAUGAUGAGCAAGUGGAGUGGCUGCGCCGGGAGCAGCAGCGACCGACGCAGCGCCGCAGGCUGUAG